UAGCAGCAGCGGUCUCUACAGUACAUCGGCAACCAUGUAGCGCUGAGAGCAAAAAAUAUCUUCCCCCGACUAGCUGAAGAAUCAUGUCCUCCUAUUUAUUAGUGUCGUUAUAAAGUAAUAGUGUUAAAAAUGUGUUUUUGAAGAUAACUGGACAGCCGGACGGAAAUUGCAAGACGAGGGAGUCGAAUGUGAAACCGAAGCCUGUUAACAUACACUGUCUGCCUUCGCCUGGACGUUAGUAAGGAGACAUUGGGGUACUCUUCUGAUUCAUUAGCCUACCUUUGGCGUGUUAUCAGCCUUUUAAAUGACUGCGCUUGUGCGGCUAAGCAUACUGGAGACUCGGGGGAAGGGCGUGUAACGCUUACGGAUACUCGGGGUUUGUAGUUUGCACCAGGUCUGGCUAUCCGCGUUACCGCCCCGUUUUUUCCUCCCUUGUAGUAACGCCAACAGCACGGCCAGGAGAAGGCUGGCUACAGUUUGGGGGUUUGGGCUACAACCAUAACCUGCUUGUAGGCUACCAUGGGGAAUACAACCUCCUGCUGCGUGUCCUCGAGCCCGAAACACCGGAGGAACAACCACUCCAGGCUCGAGCCCUACCGGCCGGAGCCGGAGCUGAGCCGGGAGGACACGGGCUGCAACCUCCAGCACAUCAGCGACAGGGAAAAUUUAGACGAUCUGCCUAUGGAGUACAAUCCCUCAGAUCAUCCCCGGGCCAGCACCAUCUUCCUCAGCAAGUCACAGACUGACGUUGCUGUGCCCAGCAAGAGAGUUCGAGAAAAACGAAAGAGCCUUUACAUCAACCAUUUCACACACAUUUCGGAAAACAAGCAUCAUCCAGGUCCGGUGAGACGGAAGUACAGCUCCUGUUCCACCAUAUUCCUCGAUGACAGCACUGUCAGUCAGCCCAACCUCAAAUACACCAUCAAAUGCGUAGCUCUCGCAAUAUACUACCACAUAAAGAACAGAGACGUCGACGGAAGAAUGUUGUUAGACAUUUUCGAUGAGAAACUGCACCCGCUCUCGAAGUCUGAAAUUCCUCCUGAUUAUGACAAACACGACCCAGAGCAGAAGCAGAUCUACCGCUUUGUCAGGACGCUGUUCAGUGCUGCACAGCUUACCGCCGAGUGUGCCAUUGUCACAUUGGUUUAUUUGGAGAGGCUGCUGACCUACGCUGAGAUCGACAUUUGUCCUGCCAACUGGAAGCGUAUCGUGCUAGGCGCCAUCCUCCUGGCAUCUAAGGUGUGGGACGACCAGGCGGUCUGGAAUGUCGACUACUGCCAAAUUCUCAAGGAUAUUACUGUGGAGGACAUGAACGAGCUGGAGCGCCAGUUUCUGGAGCUGCUGCAGUUCAACAUCAAUGUGCCGUCCAGCGUCUACGCCAAGUAUUACUUCGACCUGCGCUCCCUGGCCGAGGCCAACAACCUCAGCUUCCCUCUGGAGCCCCUCAGCAGGGAGAAGGCCCAGAAACUAGAGGCCAUCUCACGGUUGUGUGAUGACAAAUACAAGGACUUGAGGAAACAAGCGAAGAAGCGGUCAGUGAGCGCAGACAACCUGACGGUGGUGCGGUGGUGUCCAGCCAUCAUUUCCUAACACUGGCUGCCUGCAGCAUGGAGAGAGACCUGUCAGACAUACUGUACUGUAUUUCUGCCUGGUAAGCAGGCAAACCAGGUGGGCAACAGUCCUGUGGAUCACACACACACACACACACACACACACUCACACAAGCGGGCACUUUUACAAGUGUAAUUACACCCUCUCUGGUUGUACAUAAAAGAAGUCCCACUGGCUGCCUGCACUGAACCAAACAGAGCUGAGCUGAACCAAACUGAAAUGUGAGCGUGAGAGUUGUUGAAAUGCAAAAGAAGAGGCCAAACUGCAGAAGAAGAGGCCAAACAGAAAUACAGUAGGUGAUAUGAGAGACUGUGUGAAGAUGGGAAAAUAGGAACAAUGUGAGAAACAACAGACGGCAGCGACGGCAGCGACGGCAGCGACGGCAGCAAUGACAGCGUUCCAUAAUUCCCUCUGAGGCUCCGCUAGCUUGAACGGUAGAUUGAGGAAAGCCGUGUACAUUCCUUUAAUUUUUAACCUUCUGGUUCAGUCACUUUCUUAGCUGAAGCAUGAGAUGAUUUUUGACAGCUUAUAGGCACAUUUAAAUUUUUAAAAAAUGCUCAAAUUUUCAAUUUCAGUGUUUUGUUGGUGUUUAUCCGUUCUGUUGCAUUCCCAUCCAGCAGAAUCCUCUGCCAGCAUCUCCAAGCAAAGACAUUCCACUGCUACCUUGAGUGUACAGUUCAAUUUGACUGGACUACAUAUCAUGGUGUUCAUUUAUAUUGUAGCCAUUUGAUUCAAGUUUUCAUUCAGAGAGCCAAACACUGAAAAGGCAAGUCAGUGUUUAGCUAAGGGGCGCUUUGACAGGACCCGGAAAUUCAACUUGUUUCUCUCACAGCGAGGCCAUCCAGCCAACAUUCAGAUAAAGCAAUACUCAUGCAUUGCUUUGUUGUUGUGAUUAAAUACGAUGAAGCAUGCACACUCGGGAGAAGACUGACUGGAAGUCAGCGGUUCGCUCCUCUCAGUCAGACGUGAGACAUACUGUAGAGCUUUUGUUGUACUUAAUUCACUGCCAUUGUCCUGACCUGUGGUGCCUGUAAUAAGCUAACACCUCUCCCCUUUCUACUGGAGGAAUAGAACAAAUAACUGAAGUAUUUUUUUUUCUUUAACAUUUUGUAUGGUUCUUCCAGCUUACAAAGAAACAGCACAAAUGGAACAUUGACAUUUAGGUGCCACUAAAAGCAUGACUCUUCAGGGUUGUUUUGUGUUCUGGAGAGGACCGAAAUGAAUGAAAAAGCAUUAAGUGACGAUUCAAACUCUGCUUACAAAAAGAUCGAUUGUAUACAUUUUGCUAAAUUGUCUCUGUACAGUGUAAAUACAGCGCUGGUGUGCUGCAUCUGUAGACUAAGGUUGUACUGUAAAAAAAACCAACAACAAACAAAACAGAAUGAUGUUAGAAUAUUUAUAUUGGAUCAGUUUUUACUGUACAUGAGGGGGAUGGUAAAUAUGUUCCUUGUUCCUAUGACAAAUCAAGUAAAGACAAAGUAUUAAGAUUUAAAUGGGAGACACCACUUAAGAGUUUUGGUCUGUUUUCUUGUUACAAUGUUUUCACACUGCAGAAAAUGCCAAGUUUUUUUAUGUGUUACAUACUGUAUAUGGUAUAUAGAUAAUACAAGACAAUUCAGGCUUAGUUUAUUAUUUGUUGUAAUUUCUAUGAUUUUUUUUUACCCCAUUCUGUGGAAGCAUUGCCAGAUUCAUGUGUUUGAUGAUACAUAUUUCUUAUGGAGCCCCAUAACUGAAAAACUGUGGUAAAAGAUUGUCAGGCAAGUGGUACCAUGGAUGUAUUAAGAGACAUAGAUACAGGGUAGGAGGCAGGGCCCCAUUCAUUCUUAUGAAAGUUGCUCAGUGACACAUAAAGCCAAAAUGGUUUAUGUACAGUCACUGGAUCUUACCGUGGACCAGUCACAUGCCACGGACAGACAUGGUCCCCCCAAUGUCAAGUUCUGCAUAAUGAAAGAGGAAGCAGAGCAAGAUAAAUGGGAAUUUUUGUGUGGCAAAAAAUACAGAGUAGCUAAAUGAUUAAAUGUGUGCCAAGGCCAAACACUUGAGAAUUAAGCUGAAAAAUAAAUGAGUCUGUAAAAAACUAACAAAAUAAAGUUUGAGUUUUAAUCAACUGAGUGGAGGUUAGAGGAAAGAUCUAAAUCAUUUUUUCCCUGACUAACAAUAUUAUUAAUUGAUGUUACAUAUUUGGCUUUUUUGAUUAUCUUUUGUAAUGUUUUGUCAGUUUUGGGGCUCCACAGUUAUUGCAUUUACUGGAAAUUGUUUUCAUGAGCAAAUCACUCCCUGAUUUGCUCUUUUCUCAACAUUUCUAAAUCCAGAAAUAGAAAAAUGUACAGGGAUGUAGUAGAGGGUAAAGCUUAAAAAUCACUGACUUGAAUUGAUUUAAUUAAUUCCACUGAAUUAAUUCAUUCUUCACACAUGGAUGGGUUGAUAAAGGCGUUAAGUCAUGUUUUUAUUACAUCAGAUGUGUAAGUCAUUUGCCUUAUGAUCAACUGGAAUCACUUUUCCUCCACUACAUCAUUUAAUCGAAAUUAAAACUUAAUUAUUAAAAAUAUCAUGACGUAACCUGGAAGUGAGGCACAAAAAUAGCAUUUUACCCCUUCAAACCUCUAGAUUAUUUUGUGCAUUUCAUUAGCAAUUUCUAUGACGUAAGUUCUGUUUUUGUUGAGAAUCAAUCAGUCAGUUCAGUGAGAUUUCCAGCUCUGAGCAGCAGGUGUGAGAAAGGACAGAACCGAACCAAAGUCGUGGAAAAAAUGAAGGACGAUCCUGCUGGACGUGUUGCUCUGAGCCAGCCCACUUGCACAUGAAGUAAAGGUGUUGGGACUUGGAAAGAGAGCUGUUGUUGUGCGUGGUGCUUCGAAUGAGUGAAAAAUAAAGUGCAAAAUGUGUCUGUAGGGAAGUAAUGUGACUGGAGUUGCUGUUGUGAGUUCAAACUGUUAGAGGUAAUCAAAGAUUGUAUAUCCUAUUUAUUAUAUGUGUGUGCAUACAGCCCAGUCUGGUGUUUUCUAAACCCAGAAGGAAGCGUUGAUGCCAUGUGGUGAGUCCUGAGGGGGUACCAUGGGCCUGUGGCGUCCUGUCGGCUGGUUACUAGGUGUGUGUCAUAGCCUUGUGCACUGAACUCUACCUCUGCAUAGAGUUUUACUUUUCUCUUGAUUUUUCUUCCUCUCUUCAACAAUUUUUGGGAUUUCACGCAUUCAGCUUCGAUCAUGAUGAUUCCCCGUGCUAACAACUGCUGUAGCUGUGACCUUUUCAUUUUUUUCACUGAUUGAUAUUUUCAACAUGUGCUGUAUUCUGUUGUUAUUGUUGAUAAUGUCGGUGUAUUAUAAUUUUUUUUCAGUGAGUCAGCCAUUCUGUUCCUGUUCUCAGUUUGCCAAACUCACAUCUGUUCUUUUUCUCUCUCUGUUUUCUAUCAUUUAAAGAUCUGCUCCCAAUUCUUCUCUUCUGAAGCAAUGUUUAGAAAAACCAGUGCAAGAAUUAAACUUUAAAACCUUGCAAUAA